AUGGGCCGAUCACCUUGCUGCGAAAAAGCCCACACCAACAAAGGCGCUUGGACCAAAGAAGAGGACCAGCGCCUAAUCAACUACAUCCGCGCCCACGGCGAAGGCUGCUGGCGUUCCCUCCCCAAAGCCGCAGGAUUGCUUCGAUGUGGGAAAAGCUGCAGGCUGAGGUGGAUAAAUUACCUGAGACCUGACCUCAAGAGGGGCAAUUUUACUGAAGAAGAAGAUGAUAUUAUUGUCAAACUCCAUAGCCUUCUUGGAAAUAAGUGGUCCUUGAUAGCUGGGAGGCUGCCCGGAAGAACAGACAACGAGAUCAAAAACUACUGGAACACACACAUCAAACGCAAGCUCAUUAGCCGCGGCAUAGACCCACAAACCCACCGGCCGCUCAACUCCACCACCACAACCACGCCUGGCAGCACCACCACCGCCGCUGCCACUUGCCUAGACUUCAGGCCGUCAACCGACCCAUCCCCUUCAAAGGAAAACAGCGCCGCCACCUCAGCUGACAACGCCAAAUGCAGUAGCAGCACAACCGAGGAGUUCCAACCGCCUGCCGAGGAUGAGGGACCGGCCCAUGGGCUCAACCUGGAGCUGUCUAUUGGGCUGCCUUCUCAGACCAAUUGCUCGAAAUCAUCUUGGGCCGAGUCCAAGUCUUUCCAGGGAUUGUUGAGGCCACUGGCGGCGGUGGCUGGGCCGGAGGCGGCUCGCCGAAUGUGUUUGUGUUGGCAAAAGGGCAAGUUGUGUGGUACUUGCCAGUAUUACAGUGGAUUAUAUAGAUUUUACUGA